AAGUUCCACAACUAUAUUUGGGUAGGAGUGAUGGGGAUAUUCGGCUUUUUUUUAUUCCUGAGCCUUGCUGCUGCAGAUCGUAAUGUUCCAGGAGAGGCUCGGGCCGCGAAAAGAUGCUACUGCGAUCUUCAGCUGUCAGAUGGGCCAUUCCCUCACCAACAACUUGAGCAACUGUAUUCAAUCUCUGAGAGCUGCAGCCACAGGCUGAACGUUCAACAGUUCAGUGAACCUAUUGAAAUUAUUGCCAACAUAGAGCAGAAGCUGAAGGAGCUUGUUAAGCGCAUUAAUGAAUUUAAAGAAGAAUAUGAUGGUGAACUAUAUAGUAUCAUUUCAUUUCGAAUAAUAGAGAUUGAAAUUGCUGAGCUGAAUGAAUUGCUUAGCCAACUUCAACAAAAGUGCUCUCAGAACAAUGAUGAGACAACUGAUCUGGAUAUACAGGUGCAAAAUAUUACUAGCAAAGUAGAUGAAAUGGAGAAAUACGACCGACUUAAAGUAGUUAAAGUGCACAGAAGAAAUGUCAUCCUCCAAAGGAGUCUGACCUCUUGCCAGAAUGCACUAUUAGCUACCCCAACCCCAUAUGUCAGUCCACAGCCAGGGUCCUGUUCCUUCGGAAGAUUAAAAGCAGUCUCCUAUCCCAAGAGUUCAAUGCUCAAUCAUUAUGGGACAUCCUACAAUUAUGGUUCCUGGGGGAAAGACCCACUGCCAGCACCUGGGAAAGAGGAUCAAUACUGGCUUGUAAUUCUAUCCAAUAGUAAUAGAUAUGGAACUAAGAUUCGUGUUUUCAACUCUUAUUCUAAAUUCCUCAGCAAAAGUGGUCACAAUGAUGUGACUUUUCAAACCCAUAAUCCCCAAGGCUCUGGUGGGAUAAUGUAUGGAGAUGCCUACUAUUACAAUUGCUUCAACUUGGGCAAGCUCUGCAGGUUUAACAUGACCACACACGCGGUCAUAUCUGCCACCCUGCCAUUUGCUGGUUAUAAUGACAAGUUUCCAUACUGCACACUUUCUUCCUGUUAUGGAUACACAGACAUGGACCUAGCAACAGAUGAAAAUGGGCUUUGGGUCCUCUACUCAACCGAGUUCAAUUUUGGAAACUUGGUCGUCAGCCAACUCAAUGCGACUGACCUGUCACUACUCAAAAGCUGGAACACCACCCUAUUCAAACGAUCGGUAACCAAUGCCUUUUUGGUGUGUGGGGUUGUGUAUGCCACCAGGUACAUAAACUCUGAAAUAGAAGAGAUCUUUUACAUGUUUGACACAACCAGCGGAGUUGAGCGAAAUGAUCUGAAUAUCCAGUUCCGAAAAGUCCUGCCUGGCAUCCAGUACAUGAACUACAACCCACAAGACAGGAAGCUGUACGUGUACAGUGAUGCUUUUGUUGUUAGUUACAGUUUAACUUUUGAAUAAACUGAAUGUAGCUUCCUAAGAAUCAUGCAACAAAAGGGAACCUGUUCUGGUCCAGAUAAUAGUAGAAAGCCAUAUGCACAAAUAUAUAUACACCUCUAUAGAGGCAGCUUAAAAAAUUAAAUGUGUUUGGCAAUUCUUCAGAACAGAUUUGUGGAAAACUAGGUGACAUAACCAUUGGUUGAUACAUUCCUUUUUACUUUUUCUUUAAGUUCUAUGUGAUUCCUCAAGUUAAGUUUAUAUUUCAAGUUUCAUAUCUUGUAAUGUUUUUAGUGUGGUCCUUGUGCUAAAAAAACUUAAAAUGACAAAGUGUGAGGAUACUUAUUAGAAAAUUAACAUUCGAUUAUGCAUAUAAUCUAAUCAUUGCUUCCUAGUAUGUAUUCCCUACAGUGUUUAACUGGUAAUAUUAUAACUAUGUGGGAAAGAACUGGUGUUUACAGCAACAACGCAAGGUAAACGCCUGAACAUAACAUAACAUCUGCAACAGCAACUCAUAUCUGUUUGGACCAGUUAUGUAGCCUCGACAGUAUCUCACAUCUGCCUAAAAUAAAACUGGAUAUACUGGAAAUAUUCAGUAGGUCAAACAGCAUCUGUGGAGGUAGAAACAGUUAACGUUUCAGGUUGUUGACCUUUCAACAGGACAUAUCUGUCUGGGCUAGAUAGAUCACCUUUGCAGUAACUCACAUUUGUCUGGACUAAAUUCACAAGGAUUAACUCAUGUCUGUUCAGGUUGGAUAUUUAAUAUUUGCAGCAUCUCAAUUCUGUUUAAACUAGGUGUAGUCUGAAAAAAACCAAUACAAAUAAUGCUUCAAUAUUGUUCCUUUGAAUGUGAUAUAAAAUGCAAUAUGUAACAGAUAACAUAGGUGAGUGUGAUAGCAAAGCAAAAUGAGAUUGUUGUAACUAUGAGUAUUUUGGUCUCUAGGCAUUUUGACAUUUAAUAUUUAGCAGCACCAUUGAAACUUCCCUUUAAUCGAGUUUGUUGGUUCAACCACUAUUAUACUGUCAUAUGAAGAAUCAUAAUUUGUUAAACUCCAUUUAUAAAAAGCAUUUAAAAAUAAAAAUUUAAUAUCAAAGUGAAAAAUUAUUAUGGUGGCGAGCUAGUUUCUAGCUAUGUGCUUGUACUGUAAUUAAAGAAACAUCAUCUUUUCUACAA